CCCAAUCGCAGGCAUCGCCCAUCCCCGACCGCAACAUCGCCCAUUGCGCCUUCCCUCUCGACAUCACUCGGCCGACCGCGCCUUCCCUGAGCCAAGCGACGGCCCGCUCCAUCUCUCGGCGCAUACAUAGGCGGCCACCAUGUUCAAGCCCACACCCGCCCUGCAGGGCACCCUGCGACGCCUCCCUCUCAGCACCAAGCAAGCCGGCAAAGAAUACUACAAGGGCAACCGCGUCGGGUCAAUGGGCACAAUCAACCGCUACGGCAACUUCACACCGGACUGGAACAAGGUCAGGACGUAUGUGUAUCCCGUGCAUGGGACGAAGAACUCCGAGUUGACGCCCUUCGUCGCCGAAACGGUCCAAAAGACGCGCACCACCGACUCUGGCCAGGCCGAAGUGUACCCCAAGCGCUUCACCGGCGAGGACUACCUGCGGGCGUGGAAAAUGGCGGGCGGGCAUGACGUCGUGUAUGACGAGGAUGCGAGCAAAGCGAGAACGAAUAUGCCGGUGCCGUUUGAAGAGAGGCGGUGAUGAGCCGUUCGAGGAGUGGCUCGAGGAGUGGCUCGAGGAGUGGUUCGAUGAGAAGAGCAGGAUUCGCGUGAACCUAAGAGAGCCUCAUGCUUGGUGCGCCAAGAGAAGGUGUCAGGGAACGGUUGCUGUGUGAUGCAAGCUCUACAGGCGUGGUGCAUGUACGAUUGGAGCAGGACGAGGCAUAUCACUUGCGUAGGCCAAGUUUCAUAGCAGGGCUUUUUCAUAGCAGGGCUGUUGGAGGAGCACUGCGCUGGCGGUCUGAGGAUCCAGUGUGUUGUUGUGUAUGCGUAUUGUACAUUCUAGGGUAUCUUGUACUUUCCCGGUCAUCCGUCUACGUCCAGACUAUCAUACAGGCCUUGCAC